ACAGGGAGAAGUGCAAGAGUUUUACACGAAUUCCCUACAGAGUCUAUAGAGAGUUUAUCGCUACGGAUAGCAGCAGGGACCAGUUUACAAUAACUCUCAGUUAGUGGCAGAGAUGAGGGAAGGGCUCGUGUAUUUGGUCAGUACUAGUGACUGUAACAGACGUUUAUCCUCAGACAACUCAUUUCGGCAGUGUGUGGGCCGCUAAUAGCCAGUGACUGAUCUAAUUUAACUGUGUAUAGGGACAGUCCUCUCUCUCACCACAGACUCUACACUAGAAGUUUCCCAAGAGACAACAGGUGGGGCCCCAGAUCCUUAUACAACAGACCGGGGCCGCUUGUGUCACACACUGAGACUGAGACUCCUCGUCGGACCCUAUUGAGGGCGAGAGAGAGAAACGCACAAGGACCAGGCCCCUCCCCUUAUUUCUGGGGCAAAAAGAGGCGGAGCCUUAGUGCGAGACCCUCCCCCUUACUUGGCUCUUACUCUCCCGAUCCUCCCGCAGCAGCAGCAGAAGAAACUUACAGACCGGCGGGGACAUGGGCUGAGUCCGGCACAACUGGAACAGUAAUGGCAGCGACACGCGUCUUCCACCUCCAGCCAUGCGAGAGUCCCCCGCCAGCGAUGUCCAGGAAUGGAUACUUCUUUCAGGAAGAAGCUGGCUACCUUAAGUGUGACACAGAUGAUGGCUGUGACCCCAAAGAAGAAGAAGGAGGGGGAGGAGAGGAGCUUUUCGACACUGUUCACUCAUCGAUUGUAUCAGGGGAGAGCAUCAGAUUCUUUGUCAAUGUCAAUUUGGAAGUGCCACAGAGUACAACAGCAGAAAACGAGAGUGCUGGCUGUGUAUUACUGCAUACGUCAAGAAAAUAUCUAAAGUUAAAGAACUUUGAGGAGGAGGUAAGGGCACACCGGGAUCUGGACGGCUUCCUAGCCAAGGCCAGCAUUAUCCUAGAUGAGACGGCCACCUCUCUGGAUGACGUCCUGCGGGAGAUGCUGAAGCACUUUGUGGAGGAUCCAGAGAAUGCGGAGCCCAGCUGUAACUUUAACAAAAUCAUGAGCACUUUAUUCACUGAUUCCGGGGCACCCAGGGAAGGGAAUGUUCAUCUCCUCUCAGAUACAAUUCAAGGGGUAACUGCUACAGCCACUGGGGUACAGUACCAGCAGUCGUGGCUGUGUAUUAUUUGCACUAUAAAGUCCCUUCAGAAAAGACAUGUUUGUAUCAGUCGGCUGGAGAGGCCCCAGAACUGGGGGGAGAACUCCUGCGAGGUCAGGUUUGUCAUCCUCGUUCUGGCACCGCCAAAAAUGAAAAGCACCAAAACAGCGACUGAAGUUGGAAGGACGUUCGCCACAAUGUUUUCUGACAUAACCUUCCGGCAAAAGCUUUUAGAAACCAAAACAGAAGAGGAGUUUAAAGAGGCCUUAGUGCACCAGAGGCACCUGCUGACCCUCGUGAAUAAGCAUUCGGCCCUAAACGACGGCCAUAAGGUGCAGAGCCACAAGCCCUUAAAGCUCAAUGAAUUUUUCAAUGUGGGAAAGGGAAUUUUCGAUGACAUUGCACGCAGAUUGCCGGUAUACCCGAUGGAUUUUACAGACGGUAUAAUCGGAAAUAACAAGGCCAUAGGAAAGUACAUUACAACUAUGAUUUUCUUGUACUUUGCCUGCCUCCUGCCCUCUAUAGCCUUUGGCUCUUUGAAUGACGAAAGCACCGCAGGGGUGAUUGAUGUUCAAAAGACAAUUGUCGGCCAGUGCAUUGGGGGAGUUAUUUACUCUCUGUUUUCUGGGCAACCAUUGGUUGUUUUAUUAACCACUGCUCCUUUGGCUUUAUACAUAAAUGUAAUCCGAGGGAUCUGUGAUGACUACAAGCUGGAUUUUAAGGCGUUCUAUGCCUGGACUGGGCUGUGGAAUAGCUGCUUUCUUAUUCUUUACUCUCUCUUCAACUGUAGCCUGUUGAUGAAACUAUUCAAGAGGUCGACAGAAGAAAUCAUAGCACUUUUUAUAUCUAUAACUUUUGUGCUGGAUGCACUUAAAGGCAUUAUCAAAAUUUUUAAAAAGUAUUAUUUGGAAAUCCCAAGUUCAUACACGUACCUUGACCAAGAAUAUAAUAAACACUUGCCAAAUCUGAAUGUUACGUCUGACGUCCUGCUGAAUUCAGCGUUCAAUGGCUCUGUGUUUGCACAAAAUGGAAGUAGUAGUGACCCAGAGGAAAUACAUUAUGGCAGGGAGUCAGCAGUGCUCAGUCUCAUGUUGAUGUUUGGCACCUUGUGGCUGGGCCACACUCUCUAUCAGUUCAAAAAAAGCCCCUACCUUCAUUCUCGAGUGCGUGAGAUGCUGUCGGACUGUGCUCUGCCCAUAUCAGUCCUGACCUUCUCAGUGGUGGGAUCCUACUUCUUCAAGGAGAUUCACAUUGCCAAGUUCAACUACAUAAAGACAGAGAGUAUGUUUGUUCUGGCUCCUAUUAGCUCCCUCUCAAUGGGGCCGAUUACUAGCGCUAUGGGACUGGGAUUCCUUCUGUCUAUGCUCUUCUUUAUAGAACAGAACAUCGUCGCUUCUCUAACUAAUGCUCCAGAGAACAGGUUAGUUAAAGGCACAGCCUACCAUUGGGAUCUCCUGCUAGUGGCGCUUAUAAACACAGGACUGUCAGUAUUUGGGAUGCCCUGGAUUCACGCCGCAUUUCCUCACUCCCCGAUGCAUGUGCGGGCACUUGCCAAUGUGGAGGAGAGAGUAGAACAUGGUCACAUCUAUGAGACGAUCGUGAGUGUGAGAGAAACCCGUCUGACUUCACUGGUGGCCAAUGUCCUCGUUGGCCUCUCUCUCUUCCUCCUCCCGUACCCACUGCAGUGGAUUCCCAAACCCGUCCUGUAUGGCCUGUUCUUGUACAUUGCCCUCACCUCUAUUGAUGGUAGCCAGCUCUUUGAGAGAGUGGCCCUCCUGUUGAAAGAGCAGACGGCGUACCCCCCAACCCAUUAUAUUCGGAGGGUCCCACAGAGGAAAAUUCACUAUUUCACAGGCCUGCAGGUUCUCCAGCUGGUUAUCCUGUGUGGCUUCGGAAUGUCGCCUCUCCCCUACAUGAAGAUGAUCUUUCCUCUUAUCAUGAUCGGGAUGAUCCCAAUCAGAUACAACCUACUACCCAAAAUAAUCGAAUCCAAAUACCUGGACGCCAUGGACGCAGAACAUUAGGAUUAAGCGGUUUUUGGGGGAAGGGGAUGGAUUUUUACAUUUGAGGACUGGGAGCCUUUGCACCCCUGAGACUUUAAUCUCCAUAUGAGGGAAGAAAAGACUGACCAAAGCGAAACCCAGAGAUUUUACUCCCUUAUAUCCCGGGCCGAGCUUCCCGUCAACUGGAAACCCAAAGAUCUCGAUUGUUGUUUUUAUACUGGAGCCGUCGCCUCGGGAAUUCAUUGUUUUUUUUUUUUUUACAUAUCUCGGAAAUGAAAAUUAAAUGUGACUUGUGAUAAACCAGGAUUUAUACGGUGAGGGGCCAAAGAUCAGACUGUUUUUCUCUCCGGUGAACUUUGCAAUAUUUUCAGAGGAUUCUAUGGAAUAUUCUGGCUCUUGUAUAUCUCUCUCUAUAUACAGACAUUUGACUUGCACCCCGGCAAACUGAAGGAGACUCGAUAUUUUGUAUUGUACGCGUGAUUUCUAAGUCAAGUCAUCAGGAGGAUCGGAUCAAUUCCCUUUUGUGAUGAAUGUUUUCUACCCGACCCUAAUUUCUACUACCCAACCCAAAUGUCUUCUACCCAACCCAAAUGUCUUCUACCCAACCCAAAUGUCUUCUACCCAACCCUACUGUCUACUACCCAACCAGAAUGUCUACUUCCCAACCAUACUGUCUUCUACCCAACCCGAAUGUCUACUACCCAACCCGAAUGUCUACUACCCAACCCAAAAGUCUUCUACCCAACACGAAUGUCUACUACCCAACCCGAAUGUCUACUACCCAACCCAAAAGUCUUCUACCCAACACGAAUGUCUACUACCCAACCCGAAUGUCUACUACCCAACCCGAAUGUCUACUACCCAACCCAAAAGUCUUCUACCCAACCCGAAUGUCUACUACCCAACCCGAAUGUCUUCUACCCAACCCGAAUGUCUUCUACCCAACCCGAAUGUCUUCUACCCAACCCAAGAGUCUACUACCCAACCCGAAUGUCUACUACCCAACCCGAAUGUCUACUACCUAACCCAAAGUGCUCCGGUCAGCGCCCCCCCACUAGGGCAGCACAUACAAUAAGCUAGCCGACGCUCCUCUGCUUCCUGUUUUUUUUCUCUCUUCUUUUCGUUAAAAUGUGUUUUAAAAAUGACAUUUUGGAUUUGUGAUUUUGCACACCAAUAUCUUGGCAUGAUGUAGUCACUCGGAUACCAGCACCUUCUCUUCUUCUCAAGCCUAAAAAGCCCUUCUGCGUCCAAUGUCGGCCGAUGCUUCUUUAUGUAUAAUGUUUAUACAUCACUAGUAUAAGGUGGGUCACAAUAGCUAGGGAUAUAUAUCUAUAUAUGACCUCUUUCUGGAAGGCCACACUGCUAGCAAUGCCUCUCACUUGUGUUCUACCAACUAGGAUGUCAGCUCUGCUGCGGUUGAACUACACCUCCCAGCAUGCCCUGCACAGUUGCAACACACUGGAGUUGUGGUUCAGCUACAGUUGGUGUAUUGCAGUUUGGCUACUUCUGCUUUCUUUGAAAAGGAGAUUUUAUAGUGCAAUGUUCAUCAACAAAAAAACAUUAUGCCUAUUCCGAAAAUGAUAGUAAUUAUUAGUGCAAUGCACUUGGGUAAGGGCACCCCUUUAUACAGCAUAGGAAAGGCUACAUGUUGUCAGCUCUGCAGGGAGAGCAGUGUUAUCCCCUAUUGAAGAUUUGGGAUUCUGUAGAGCUCGUGGGUGGGACCCUGGAAAUACAGGGUGGAGCCUGUUCUUCCAUUGUGUAUAACUAGAGGGCAAGGCCUGUCACUAUCAUAUCCUGUAGAGCUUAUGGGUGGGGCCUAGAAAUACAGGCAGGACCUAGUAAUCAUACAGUUAUCCAAGGGCGGAGUUUAUCCGUUUUAGCGCCUUGCCCUAAAAGCUAUAGUUUAUCUGUAUUCAACAAUUUCAUUGUAGGGUUUUUUUUGUUUAACGCCUGUCUGAUUAAGGCAUUCUGCUGUUAAUCUCUAUUGUUUCUGAAAUAUUUAACCUUUCUUACCCGCUCCCCUCCGAACGUUCCUAUGGAGGAAACCCAGGAGCCAGGGCUUUGACUGAAAACCUUCUGGUUGCUAGGGUCACAUUCCAUAGCAGUUCUAGGCCAGUUUUCUAUUUCCCCUGGGACAUGGCAGCAGCAAUAGCGUUGAAAAGAAAUAGGGCAAAAACGUUAACUGGAUUCUUAUUAAUGUCAGUGUAUUAAAAGUCAAUUUAUGGCUUAACUUCCCCUUUAGCCUCCAGCCGAUAUCUGAUGUGAAUUUUGCAUGAUGUAUCCGUAUAGGGGCUGAACUUGUUUUGUUUUCCAAAGAAUGUGUGUAAAUACUUCUGUGUUGAUGUUAGGUCAGUUAUAUCAGACUUCUAGACAAACAGCUAUUCCUUUGUCUAUAAAUAUAUAUGUUUUCUAAAAGUGUUUGCUGUGCCUUCAUAAUUUGCAUUGUAUGUAUGAAGUUUUCUGCACCAGUUUGGGGUCUGUUUUAUUUUUUUAUUUUUUUUUGUUUGUUGCCUUUCCUUAUCGACUUUGAGCGUGCAGCAGUCUGUAUGGAUACUAAGUAUCACUAUAAAUGUCUGACUUCCCUGAAUCAUUUAGGGUAAAAGUACAAAUGUAUAGUUGAACUAUAGCCCCCAUGGUGACCAUAGGCUCAACUGGGAUGAUGGGAGUUGAAGUGUAACAGCAUCAGAAGGAGCUGUAAGAGCCAGUGGAAGUCUGAUGUCUGUAGAGGAACUGUGCAUGCUCAACCUUGCUCUAUGCUGCUUCAUUUUGCUACAAAUUGGGUCUGUUCUGUAAAUAUUUGAGAUGUCGGCAAUCAAAGGGAAGAGAGCACCACAGAAAAUUCUAUUAAUAAAGAACGGUUUGGAAAAAAAAAA